AGGCUGGUGUACCAGGAUAAUAAUGACCUAUGGCCUGUCAUCUAACGAGCAGGUAAAGCCUAGGGAGGACGAGAAAUAAACUUUAACGGCCCACAUAUGAGAAGAGCCAAUCUAUGCGAGAGGCUCCGAAGACGAUGUGGGGGCGUGGAGUUGGGCGGGGACGUGGGGGGAUGGAAUGCAGCCCCUCCUUAGACCAUGCGAGACAACCUCGAUCCAGGCAUCUCCUACCCCGGAAUAGGUUCCCACCAGUGAUCCCCCGUCAGUGCUCCAUAACAGCCCGGGCGGUUGCUGGCAAAGCGGUCCUGGCAAACGGUGUCUUGAGAGCCAGAUAACCGAGAUUCAGUGUCAACACCAGGUGGCCAGGUAAGGGUGCAGGAGAAAAAUUGUGCAUCAUGUGAAAGGAGGGGAGGUAUGGGCGUUCCCGGGUGCUUUAGGUUCGACGAUUUGGCCUUCGGCCGCGCUACUUCGAACACAUGCUACGUGCAUCUGGAGCGCGAAAAUGCUGGCGCUUCGUUAGCAGACAAUUGGAGAGGUUCUGAAGUGGAGAGAUUCUUAGGUGGUCGAUUAUUACGCAAUCAUCGACUAAUGGUGUUUGUAUAGUCCACCUGGCGCCUAAGAGUCGGCGUACGAUAAGAAAAACCUCCAAUCAAAUAGACUCAGUGGGCGGCUAGGCCACGAUGCAAGUCCGAAAUUCCGAACUCUGCGUAUGCAUUCAAAGGUACACUGAGAGCCAGAAUACCAAUACAGUGGGAUUAGUACCAUAUGUAUCCCGUCUAUUGGAUAUGAUCUUGUGCUUAAAUUUAUUGAUUAUAAAUUUACAAUAUUUUGGAGAAAAAAAAAAAAUAAAAAG